AUGAAAAUAAUCAAGAUUCAUUCUUACAUUGUUCUCAUUAUUCUCAGUAUAACAGUUCAAAUCAAUUCUCAAAUAUGUAGUAAAAUACCUCAAUAUGGUGAAUGCUCGACAAACAGUGCAUGUGGAUACUUUCAUAUAACAGGUGCUAAUAAUAAUACAGGCAUUUGUGGUUUUCGCUGGCUAGCAUGUUCUCGUCUUGUACUGUGCAAUUCUUCAGACAAUUCAUGUUCUCAACAUAAUACGACCUGUGUUCAACAUCCACAAUGUAAUGAUCUUCCUGUUUGUUAUCCAGUUACAAUGACUGAUCAAAGUAUUUGUCCACCAAUGAAAAAUAAAAUAAAUCUUAAAUGGAAGCAAAAUGCCAUCACUGUAGCUGGUGGAAAUGGAAAAGGACAAGAAUUAAAUCAACUAUAUUACCUUUAUGAAAUCUUUAUCGAUAAAAACAAAAAUAUUUUCAUUGCCGAUAAUUAUAAUCAUCGUAUUGUUGAAUGGAAAUAUAAUACACAAGAAGGACAAAUCAUUGCAGGCGGACUUGGCAAAGGAAAUCGAACGGAUCAAUUGGAUAGACCAACAGAUAUAAUUGUUGAUCAACAAAACCAUUCGAUCAUCAUUGCUGAUUUGGGUAACAGACGAGUAAUUCAAUGGUUCAAUCAAAGUCAACAAAUUAUCAUUCAGAAUAUUGACUGUUGGGGCUUGGCAAUGGAUAAAAAUGGAUUUCUUUAUGUUUCUGAUACUAUCAAGAAUGAAGUGAGACGAUGGAAAAUGGAAGAAUACAACAAUGAAGGAAUUGUAGUGGCAGGUGGAAAUGGAAAAGGAGAUCAACUCAAUCAACUCAAUUAUCCCAGUUUUAUCUUUGUUGAUGAAGAUCUAUCUGUUUAUGUGGCAGACUGGUACAAUCAUCGUGUGAUGAAAUGGAGAAAAGAUGCAAAAGAGGGAAUAGUUGUGGGUGGAGGAAAUCUCAAUCAGUUGUCUUCACCUCAUGGAGUAAUUGUUGAUGAAUUGGGUCAAAUCUAUGUGGCAGAUUCUCAUAAUGAUCGAGUAAUGCGUUGGUGUGAAGGAGAUGAAGAAGGUGAAAUUGUUAUUGGCGGAAAUGGUCAAGAAAAUCAACCAAAUCAAUUAUUUGGUUCCACUGGUUUAUCUUUUGAUGACGAAAGAAAUCUUUAUGUCGCUGACCGUGUGCUUGGUCGAGUUCAAAAAUAUCUACUAGAUAUCUAA